AUGAGCUCCCAGGGAUUCUCAUUUCCUCCCCCUCCUCCUCCCCCUCCUUCUCAGCAACAGCAGCAACCUCAAUCAGCUUUUCCGUCUGUUCCUCCACAGUAUGGUUACGGUUCUUAUGGUCAACGAGGUGGACGAGGUGCCGGAGGGCACAAUAGAGGUCGCGGCAGAGGAUUCGGGAAUCGAGGAGGUCGGGGAGGCUCCUUUGUUCCUCACCAUGCCAACCGUACCCCGACCUAUUCCUCGACUACACCGUCUUCUUUCGGUUAUGGGUCGAUAAACUAUACCGGGUUUACACCUCAAUCUCAUCCUACUGUCUCCCGCAAUAUUCCAACGCCCCAGAUUACGCCUUCGGGGUCGCCAGGUUUCCAACACCAGUCCAACACCACCUCGUAUGCUCCCCCACAACAAUUUUCACAGCCGCCAGCAGCUCUGGGAUCUCCGUAUCAGCCGCAAUCUAGCUAUGAUGCAGCUUACGCACCCCCAAAUGCGCAAUCGGGUCCUACAUACCCUUCUGUCGUGCAUUCGACUCAACAUGUCCCUCAACCCAUACAAGCACCGAUGAUGGGUCCUCCAAUGCGUUGGGGUUUUGAGAUGUCAUCGCCUACAGGACCAUUUGCUAGUCCUCAGCAUAGCAAUCAAUGGGCGCCGCGGCAAUCUUCUACACAUCAGAAUCAACCCUCCUUUGGUGGAAACUCAAUGAAGUAUGGUGGAAAGCGUGAUCAUGCGUCGGCAUUUGGAGGAAAACCGCAAUCAGUUGCACCUCGCGUUCCUGCACCGCCUCCGGUCCCAAGCUUCGGCAACCCUCUGCCUGUGAAACCUCCUCCGGCAGCUGAUGCUGCACAAAAACUGAGAAAAAAGAAAAGAAAACACAACCAGUUAGGGCUCACGCCCAAAACUGAGGAUCAUGAAUCGAGUGAGGAGGAAGACGACGUGGAUGAAGAAUCCAAGCUGGCGCCUGCCGGUGCUGGUGCUACAGCGCCGUUGCGAUUCACCUAUAGAGGACGGACUUCCACUCUUCAGUCAACCACAGACAUUGCCGCAUGGAUUGAGGAACGGAAGAAACGAUUUCCGACGCAAGCAAAGGUUGAGGAGAAGAAAAAAGCCAUGGAUGAGGCUAAGAAAGCCCGUGAGGAAGCUCUGAACAAGAAGAAGCUUGAGAGGCAGGAGCAAAGACGAGCCCAGAAGGUCGCAUCGAAACCUGAUGACAAGCCAGAGAGCGCCAUUGAUCCGGCGGAUGCAGCUGCCAAGGCGAAACGAAAAGCUGACAAGCUUCAACGCAAGCUGCUGAAGGAGCAGGAACGGGUAGCAAAAGUGGAGGCGGAUGCCGAGCGGGCUCGGCUCAAAGUUGAAAAGUUGCAGAAAGUGGCCAUGGAAGCUCGCAGAGGGUCAGAGUCUGCCACACAGAAAACCAAAUCUCAAGCUCUCGUCGCUGCAGAGAAGGCGGACACAGAAUCUGCUCAGAAAGCGCAGAUACUCGGCUCCAAGGACAGCGACUCGGAUACUGUGGCUGUCCCUGGCGAGAGUGCUGUCGCACCCAUGGCCUCCAAGAUACUGGUAACAAAGAUGAAACCCGGUGGAGAGAGUCAGAAGGAGGAAUCCGUCGCGUCAUCUUCCGAUGAUUCGGACGGCAGUGACUGGACAUCGUCAAGCGGGUCUGACAUCUCCUCUUCGGAUUCCGAUGACGAGAGCGAUGAUGAUUCGGCACCCGAAGAAGCGUCUUCUCGCCGUGAGGGGCCGGAGCGGGUAGCACCACCGCCUCGAAUAAACAAGAAGAAAGUGUGUCACCAUUUCGCUAGCCGUGGGCGCUGCUUGCACGGAGACAAGUGCCGUUUUCUGCAUGAGUUGCCGGAACGAGGCGUCAAAACGAAACCUGUAGAGAAGAAAGGACGGAGGGGACUCUUCCAAGCCCUGAUCGAACGCCAAAAAGAAGACGAGGAUCGGAAAGCGAUGGAAGUGAUCGUAUGGCUGGGAGAGAACGGAUUUCUCGAUGCUUCAGAGGCCAAUGAAAGGGCGACUGGACACUCCCAUACUGAUGGGAGCAAAGAUGAGGACCAAGUCCCUCAGGAGAUGAAUUACACAGUUGCUGCUGCCUAG